UCUGUUCAGUCCUUGGAUUCAUAUAACCAAACCUGGUUUCUCCAAAACUAUCUACUGUUGAUAUGCAAAUCUCUCCUAUAUAUCUCACCAGUUCCUUCUCCAUUUUUCUCACAGUACUUCCCUCUCUUGUUUAUUGUUUUUCAAUCUGUGAUAAACUUUUCCUAUCACAAGGUCUACAUGUGUCCUACAAUGGCAAUGACAAAGGAAAAUGAUGAUGAUGCCCUAGAAAGCCAAUAUCAAAAGGGAGUAAAGCGUUUAUAUGAGAAAGGCAUCAAUAAAGUUCCUGACAAGUACAUAUUGCCUGUUCAAGAAAGACCCAGUUAUUGUGCUCAAGUUGCUGAAUUACAUAAUAAUGAAGAGAUCAAUAAGCAAAAUCUUAAGUUACCAAUUAUUGAUUUUGCUGAGUUACAAGGUUCAAACCGUCCCCAAGUCCUCAAAUCCUUAGCUGAAGCUUGCGAGCAGUAUGGAUUUUUUCAGUUAGUAAAUCAUGGAAUUUCAAAUGAUGUUAUCAGUGGAAUGAUAGAUGCUGUUAAGAGAUUUUUCGAGCUUCCUUAUGAGGAAAGAUCGAAAUACAUGACAUCAGAUAUGAAUGCUUUAGUUCGAUAUGGAACUAGCUUUAAUCAAAACAAAGAUAAUGUGUUCUGUUGGAGAGAUUUCUUGAAGCUAAUGUGCAGUCCCUUAUCAGAUGUUCUUGCUCAUUGGCCUUCUUCUCCGACAGACUUCAGGGAUUUGGUAGCUACAUAUGCAAAAGAAACCAAUUACUUGUUUCUAAAAGUAAUGGAGGCCAUGCUACAGAGCCUAUUACUAGGAACCAACAAGAACAAGGAGACAAAAGAAGAUGAUGAGAUAAUGAAGGAAUUUGAAGUUGGUAGCCAAUUAAUGGUGGUCAAUUUCUUCCCUCCAUGUCCAGAACCUGAUCUUACAUUAGGAAUGCCUCCUCAUUCUGACUAUGGGUUCUUCACACUUCUUCUCCAAGAUGAAGUUGAAGGCCUUCAAAUUCGAUAUAAGGACAAAUGGGUCACAGUUCAACCAAUCCCUAAUGCUUUUGUUGUCAAUGUUGGUGAUCAUCUUGAGAUAUUUAGCAAUGGGAAGUAUAAAAGUGUACUGCAUAGAGUUAAAGUGAACUCAGCUAAGGCUCGCAUUUCGGUGGCUUCUUUGCAUUCUCUUCCAUUCAGGUGCACGGUAAAGCCAUGGCCAAAACUCAUAGACGAAGCUAAUCCAAGGCGCUAUGCAGAUACAAAUUUUGCUGCUUUUCUUGAUUAUAUAUCAUCCCGUGAUCCCAAGAAUAAGGAAUUCUUGGAGUCUCGAAAAUUAUUAUGAAAAAAAAAAAAAAAGAAUAUGUAAGUUGACUUUUGUAGUACUUAGAGAGUUGUUCCGCUGAAUACAAAUAUGACUUAUCACUUAAGC